AAAAUGUAUGUCCGAUCACGCAUAUUGGAAAAAAAUAAAAAUUCAUAUUUCGUAACUUUAUCGAUAUAUCAUGCUUCCUAAGGCAUUCUAAAGCAAGUUUUUAUUAACUCUUAAUGCCUAUCAUUACCGAUUAAGCCGAAAAAAAAAACAAUAUUUAUUGAAAUAGGUUUCACCUGUUCGCCAGAGAAAUGGCGCCACUUGUUCCAUUUUUUUGAAAAGCCGUGGAGACUGAGGUUCGUGAAGGAAAGUCUGGUCUGGUAAAUAACGCACAAUGAUUUUCGUUGCAAGUAUUGCACUUUUUAUUAAUUCGCGACACGUGUUGCUUCGUCAGCUUUCUUACGCCAAGUGGAGGAGCGUCAUUCUUAUUUUUAAUAAAAUAAAAAGUAGCUAGUAAAGGAACUAUUCCAGAGGGCGUGUGUGUCGCUGUCGCUACAAAGCAUUUACAUAUGGCGCUACCCCUGUGACAAAAAUAUGAGUUAACCUAUGUUUUUCAAUGUCAUUUUUUAGGUCAUAAUUAUAAUAGACGGUGAAAAUGUUUCUAAUGAAUAACAGAUUAAAAAUGAUUUGAAUAUAUAUAAUACAUUGUAUAUAAUUUAUUUUUGAAUAUCAUUUAAACAAUAACAUAAUUUUAUAAAAGUGAAUUACAACAAAAAUGUCUAUUAUAUUACGAACAGCGUUAUUUAAACCCCAUGUUAAUUAUUCGAGGAGUUCAAGGGACUCCGUUUUAGCGCUUAUAUCAAGGCAUAGAGGUAAACCAUUCAACAUAACAAAAAGAAAAUUCAAUAACAGUACCAAAGAACCCACCACAACUAAUUCUACCUCAAAGAUUUUACCGUCUAUUUUAAAAUUUGGUUUUAGUAGUUUAGGUGGUAUAGCGACAGUAUGUUUGUUAAAGAGCCAUAACUCUAUCGUAGAAGGUAAAACACUUAAACUUCCAAGAGAGGUUGACCAUGACAAUGAAGAAUUGAGCUUCAAAUGGAAAAAGUUUUUGGGAUAUUUAUAUCCAUAUUUUUGGCAAUUAUUAGUAGCAUUAUCAAGUGCAUUGGUUGUUGCUCUUUUAAACAUUUGGAUCCCACAAGGUAUUGGAAACAUUAUAAAUGUGUUAACACAACUUUAUCAAUCAAAAGAAGAUGGUACCGUUCAAAGUAUACUUACACAACUUACAGAGCCUGCAUUUGCAAUGGCUCGUUUAUAUCUUGCGCAAGCAUUUUUUACAUUUGUGUACAUCUACACACUUUCUCACGUGGGUGAAAGAAUAGCAAUGAACUUACGACAAGAUUUGUUUAAAUCAAUUAUAAUGCAAGACAUCACAUUCUUUGAUAAAAAUCGUAGUGGUGAAAUAGUAAGUCGACUAACCACUGAUAUUCAAGACUUUAAAAGUACUUUUAAAAUUUGUAUAUCGCAAGGUUUAAGAAGCUUUACCCAAAUUAUUGGAUGCGUAGUGUCUGUAAUAGUUAUUUCACCACAACUUACCUGUGCUAUGGUGUUGUCUAUGUCCUCCAUAGUUCUUGUUGGUACAGUAAUUGGAAGAAGUUUAAGAAAACUGUCUGCAGAGGCACAGAAUCAAGUGGCUAAGUCCACAGCUGUUUGUGAGGAAGCUAUACAAAAUAUUAGAACGGUAAAAGCAUUCUCAGCAGAGGAAAAAGAAAUAGAAAUGUUUUCAGAAGAAGUUAAAUUAAGUUCUCAAUUGUAUGAAAAAUUAGGUUUUGGAAUAGGUUUGUUCCAAGGAGGAACAAAUUUGUUUCUCAAUGGUAUUUUGCUCUGUACGUUAUAUUUUGGUGGACAUUUACUGUCUACUAAUCAAUUGUCAGCAGGAGAUUUAAUGGCGUUUUUAAUGGCUACACAAACAAUACAAAGAUCUCUGGCACAAUUAUCUCAAUUAUUUGGAACGUACGUUAGAGGUAUUAGCGCUGGCGCUAGAGUUUUUGAGUACCUGGAUAUGCCGCCAUCACCGAUGAUGGUUAACGGCGAAGUAAUCACCGAUCGAUCACUUGCCGGAAAUAUAACUUUUAAAAACGUGAAGUUUAGUUAUCCUACUAGACCGGAUCACAUUAUCUUAAGUGACUUUAACUUAAACAUUCCUGCCGGAAAAACAGUAGCUAUUGUCGGCUCCAGCGGUAACGGUAAAUCGACGAUAGCAGCAUUAUUAGAAAGGUUUUACGACGUUAACGAUGGCUCAAUUACGAUUGACGGUAAAGACUUGAGAUCGCUCAAUGCCGGUUACCUCCGAGGUAACGUUUUAGGAUAUAUUGACCAAGAACCUAUUUUAUUUGCUACUAGUAUUAUGGAAAAUAUACGAUAUGGAAAUCCUGAUGCUACAAACGAUGAUAUCGUUCAAGCUGCGAAAGAAGCGAAUGCUCAUGAAUUUAUCAUGAAGUUCCCAAAUAAGUAUGAAACACAGGUUGGUGAAAGAGGAACACAAUUAUCUGGUGGACAAAAGCAGCGCAUUGCUAUUGCAAGGGCGUUGCUCAAAAGACCAUCUAUUUUAAUUUUGGACGAAGCUACAAGUGCGUUAGACUAUGAGAGUGAAAGAAUCGUUCAGAAAGCAUUAGAGAAUGUUGUACACGGCAGAACAGUUUUAGUAAUUGCUCAUAGGUUAAGUACAAUUAAAAAUGCUGACAUGAUCGUAGUUUUACAACGUGGAGCGAUCGCAGAAAUGGGCACUCAUGCAGAUCUAAUAAAAAAGAAGGGUCUAUAUUAUACUUUAGUAAACGAACAAGAGCGAGAGAACAAAUGAUGUUAGUGAAUGUCUAGACUUUAAUACAAUUACUAGAGUGAUUAUUUAUUUAUGUAGGGAAUGUUUGGUGGACUAGGUUGUAAUAUAUACACAUCUAUAAAUAUACGCGUAUCUUUCUA